AUGGACCUGCGGAAACCGGCUGUAUGGUCAUGGCAAACGCGGCUCAGCCAUAUGUUUUUCCUCCUGAUCCUCUUUCGAGCUCCGUUUUUCGAUCUGCCAUGUUCCGGAAUCCGCUGCAAGUCUCCGCUUGACAUAGUCGUCACAGAGCUUCACGCCUACGGUCGAGCGCCUUCCACGCUGCUCCGCUGCCUGCUCUACCCGGGAAUUAUCGCCCAAAGUCUCCAGAAAACCUUCUCUGGGGAGCCCUUCAAGUUACCUGAAUGGGACCGCAUUUUACAGCCGUUGGAUCCGGUCAUCGCAAAGGAUCCGUAUGCGCACUCCUUUCCCACAUCCUGGGAGGAUUUCAAAGACCAGGACAUUGAUAUGAUCGGCGGAAGCUUCCUGGUGGUUGCUGGGGGGUUCAUGGCCCUUUUAGGUCCUUCUGCUGGGGGGACAGUGGGAUUGUCGGUGUUGGCGUUCUAUGCGAUGCGAUCGUCCUGGGAUGGAAUCGAGGAGAUGGAGCAGCCAAUCAGUGUGCUUAUGAUAGGCGCUGGCGAGUACACCGUAGGUUUUGUACCGACCAAGGAGGGAGCUGCGAGCGACAAGUCUGCAGGGGUCAUUGCCAUCACCCUCAUGGACCUGCGCCGGCUGGGCAAGGUGCAGCGGCUGGUGCUGUGUGACCGUUCCGGACGGCACUUCCCCGCCAUAAGAGAGACGCUCAAGAGGAAGAUUGCAGACGUGUACCGAGACAUGGACGUGACGCUGGAGACGCAUCCUCCAGAUGAGGUGCAGGAGGAUGACGCAGCGUACCUGGCAGCCAUGGCACGCAUGCAGCCGGGAGACAUGGUCACCAUCUUCACUCCAGACAACACUCACUACCCCAUCGCCCUCGCUGCCAUUCGGCACGACCUCCAUGUGCUUAUAGCAAAGCCUGCAGUUAAGACCCUCCAGCACCACCACCACCUCCUGCAAGCAGCAGAAGAAAAGGGCGUGCUGCUGGCAGUUGAAUUUCACAAGCGAUUCGACCCUAUCUACACAGACGCUCGCGACCGCAUCAGGGUUCUGGGUCCCUUUUCGUUCUUCUCAAGCACCAUGACUCAGCCGAAGAAGCAGCUGCACACGUUUGCAGGGUGGGCUGGCAGGAGCUCAGACAUAUCCUUCUACCUCAACUCGCACCACAUCGAUUUCCACGCGUGGGCAGUGCAGGGGCAGUCGCGACCUGUGAUGGUGGUGGCGAGUGCAGCGAGGGGGAAGGCCAGCCAAGUGCUGCAGGAUGCAAGGGGAGGUGCUGCUGGGUCGGAGGAUGUGGAGGACGCAAUUACUCUCAUGGUUCAGUGGGAGAACAAGGGUGGAUCAUGCGGCACUGCAGUGUACACUGCAAGCUGGAUUGCCCCUCCUUCUGACUGCCACACACAGCAGUACUUUCACUACAUGGGCCACCAGGGUGAGGUGCGGGUGGAUCAAGCUCAUAGAGGAUUCACCAUGUCAACUGAUGCAGCUGGCUUUGCUACACUCAACCCACUGUACAUGAAGUACACCCCAGAUGCAACAGGAAGGUUUGCUGGGCAGCUGGGGUACGGUUACCGCAGUAUAGCUGAUUUUGUUACGGCAGCACAGUACAUCAAUUCGAAGAAACUGACAGUGGCAGAUGUGGAGUCGAGUGAAAUGAUUGCGACCAUACGAAGUCCAGCAUGCCUCUUAACCACAGCAAUUCUAGAGGGGGGAAGAAGAAGCCUGGACUCGAAUGGUGCUCCUAUAACAAUAGAGUACGACAAUGAAGGAAGGCCCAUAGACUCUGUGCGGCAUCAUGCGGCCAAGAAGAUAUCAGAGCCGUUGCACUGUUCGCACAGAUUGCGCUGGAUCGUCCACGUCCUUAGCGCCAUUGACGACGUCACGCAAGGUGUUUCGUGCAGGCAGUCGUCACCCGUCGUGAAUAUCGCAUAA